UAAUGAUGGUUAGUGGUACGUAGUUACAAACUUACAGGGGUAGCGUAGUUUUUUAGUACAACUACUAGCGAGUCCAGAAAUCUUCCCAGGGAAAUUUGCGCCCUGGUUAUUGGGUAUGGUGGGGGGCAAAAGGGGUAUCAAGAUUCAAGUAUCAACUUAUGAAUUUAACGGGUCAGAAUCCAGAAAGGCAAACGGGUCCGAAACAGGGAAAAUUAAAUAGAAGAAGGUUACAAACAAAUUCAAAAGUUUCCUUCUCUCCCGCGUUUCUCAUCAGUCUCACAAUUCACAAGUGUAGCACGCCGACCACCGACUAGCAACAGUAAAUAUCUAAUCGGCGAUCUCGAUAUUGAAAUCCAUAGAUUUCGGUGAAAGAAUUCACGGCGACCGACGAUCCACACCUAAUACGCUUGAGUUUGAAACGUAUUGCUAAGGAACGAAAGGCCUAUGAAUCUCCUUUUUUCAUUCUUCAGAAGGUCCAUUACGACAACUGCAAAGCUUGCCACUAACGGCAAAAUCCUCAAGGCAUUGAUCUGCAUAUCUGUGCAAAUAUCUCUCAGAAAUCGCUGUUGAGAGUGGAGGCUGCAAGGAAGAUUUCUGCCACAAUGUUACAAUGGAUGGGUGGGUCAAGGAGGAAAGUCGAUACUUCAAGAAGGUCAACACAGAAAAGGCAACAACAAUACUUUGAGCAAAGAAAACGGCAAGAGCAGCAGAAAAAAGAUGCAAGAGAGAGCUUCUUUGAGGAGAAAAUCCGAUGUAAUCAGCAAGAAAAGAGUAGUCGUUCACUGGAUAUUCGGAGUUUACUAAACUUAUCUACAGAUUCUGGGGAACAUAAGUCAAAUGUCCACUCAGCAAGGCAUAGUUAUGAGGGAAAUGCCUUUACUCCACACAAUCAGAUGCUACAGCGUUCUUCGGUGAUUCAAACCAAUGAAGUCAUCUCUGUUGGCUCUCUUCAACAUAAGGAAGGAACUUCACCAAGCUCCCAAGAUUAUGCUGCCUGCCCAAAGAAUACAUCAGUUGGAGCACCUGGAUGUCAUGCGAAAGCUUUGUACAACACUGAUUACAAACUAAAUCCACUGACGAGCUCUACAGGCAUGCAGCUAUCUAUCAUUGAUAUACUUGGUGAUGAUGGACUGAGCUGCGAGUUGGAAAGUUCAACUCAUGAAGGUCAUGUUGCAUUUUCGAUUGAAGGUUUAGGUAAAGUUGAAAUGUCUACACCAUUCCAUUCACCGCAGGUACCUCGCAGACCCUUAUCAUGUGGUAGGUCCUCACCCCCAAGGGCUAGGAGAAAAGCUCUUUCAUUUGACUACCUUAACAGAGGGACAAAUGGCAUUUUACGUGAAUUGGAUAGCAUGAUGGUGGACGUAGAACUACCUUUUUGUACGAGUCCUUUAAACAGAUCCUCUUGCUCCAGGGGAACAGCAGAUUUACGUGGCAGCACGGAACAGGAGUUACUAGAUACCAAAUGGUUCUCCUCUAGUGAUAACAAUUUCACUGGUCUGUACACUUUUGAGAAUGAAGAAAUCUUCGGCAAAAGCAAGGAGAGUUCAAACACAAUUUGGAAUGCAAAUUCCAGCUUCCCACUCCCCGAAAGCUUUCAUGAAGAUUGUGGUUCACCACGCAGGAGCUACUUAUAUCAUUUUGAUGCUAGUUCCACUGAUUUUUGGAAUAACCAAAGUUGUGGGAUGCAAGAAUUCAACUUUGAGGACUGUUAUUAUGGGGGUUCAUCCAAUUCUUUUAGUGCCAGAAAUUAUAGGAAGCAAGGCAGUUAUGCUGACGACUUGUAUCAUCAGAAGCAAAGGAUCAGCAUGAGAGCCAAAUCAGAAUUCAACAUAAUAGAUUCACCUACUCCCUAUUCCAAGCACUUCAAACCAGAGAUUAUCAGAGAUUUCAGUGUCUCAGAUGGAGAAUGGUUUUCCAUGGGAUGUACAAAUCCUCAUUUUAUGGAUUAUAUAGAUCAUGCUGAGGGGACGCGGUUCGCAAAUGAAGAUGCAAGGGACAAUUCGAGUUUAUUGAGCGAAGAAUCAUCUUCGUCCACUGCAGUGGUGGGUGACUUGGACAGACAACAAAAGAUGAACUCAAAUAAUAAAAGGAGAAGCCAGGAUAUAUCCGAUUGGAGCAAGGAGACCAAGUUGUGUGAGAAGUUAUUUGCUAAGGGAAGAAACUGCAACCGGAAUGAUAUUCAGCAAGGGAAAGAAAUGGAUGAGCCAACGAAGUUAUCAUGGCCACCGAACCAAUCAAGUGCAAAGGCAGCUCAUUACCAUCCUGCUUUCUAUGAGAAGAGGUCAGGCCUGAACAAUGAUGGAUUGAGGGAGGCUAGACAUGAUCCAGGAGAGCCAAAUUCAAGAUCCAGAUCUUUCUUCCAAACUUCAGGGUCCAAAAAACAUGUAUCCACAUGUGAAUAUGCUUCCUCAUGUUUUAUGUCUGAACCAAUGAUUUUUGAACUAGGUAGCCCCAGGUGCGCCUACCAGAACUUGUUUCAGGACCCCAAGAAGGGCUGUGGGUCUGAGGAUUCAUUGCAUGUUCUUGGUUCCCGGGGCACAGUUACAGGAAAUGUUGUAAGAGAUGUAGGUAUGAGACCUGAUUUCCUGAGUGGUGGAGAUAAAGGUGUUGAUAUGCAGGCAUUUGAUAGCAGGCAAGUUGACCCAAAAACUGAAGUUUCUGGCCGGUGCAAGGGUUUGUCUUCAGGAAAGGAGAAGUCAUUGGAUGUAUCAGGUUCUGUCAAUAAGUGUAGUGACUGUGAGGAACCAAAAGAAAAAACUCCAGAAGCGGACAGGACAAGAUUGUUUAACUAUUCUGAACGUGCAGAAGAAACAUCUUCAUCUGUAGAGAUAUCCACUGUAUUGAAGGGGGAUAAGGACGGUUCAGAUAAAAAUCAGGACAGUUCCAAUAAAAAUCAGGACACUCAAUCUGCACUUAGAUGUCAAGCAGGAGAUGGAGUUACAGAAGCAGACAGCAGGUCUCCAGUUACAGAGAAUAACAGGCAGUGUAUAGGUAAUACUCAUAUAAGGUGUAUUACACACAACACUCAGCUAUUUUUGUGUUUUUUUUUUGCCAAUUACAAUGAUAUCUUAGUCAAUUUUCCUGAAUGGAGUCAGAAUUAAAGCAGAAUGCACGCAGUUAAAAAAAUGUUGGAUACAUCACCUUAGUCAAUGAAAUUUUAGCACUUAUGUAAAAGUCUUUAGCACAAUUCAAAGAUCUUGAGUGCUAGUUCACCCGCAUGCUAAAGGGUUAAGGGAGAGCAGAAGCCGAUGUCAUAUGUACUUGUGAAUCUGUGAUCACGAGCAGUAAGCUUGUUAAACUUCGCCGCAGAGAGUUGUCUUUUUCUUUAUUCAGCCUGUUCUGAACAUUGCCUGCUAAUUUUGUUAAAUCUGUGAUUUCACCAAUAUCAAAUUUUUGCAUCCUAUUUUUUAUGCAAUGUUCAAAAGUUUACUUUUCAA